CGCGGGCACUUCGCGAGUAGUUCGCGACAGUUCGGGUGACAUAUACGCGUGUGUUUCGUCCCGCGUGAUGGGAUCGUAUACUUUAUGGGACCGCGUUUGAACGAUUAAUCGAUGCGUUUGUCCCGCGAGCUUAACGCAUCGGUCGUUUCGAUCGAUCGGGAUCGCGAGAAACACCGGCGAAAACUUUUCGGAGCGUCCAUCGAUCGUCAGUGCGUUCCCGUAGUUUCAUUCCAUUAAGAAAUUUUUUGAAGACUGUGUGCGGCAAAGAGUCUCUUUGGUAACGAGCAUCUACGCACGAUAAAAUACGCGUGUUCAUUAAACCGAAUCCUGUUAUGAAAAUGGGAAGAAUCGCGUAUGGACGCGCGUUGAGUAUCGUCGAGGCGUUUUAUAUGCACGAUUUCAUCUACGUACUAUGCGUGUAAGCGAGACGCGUGAGUAGAGCCUAUACGGCAAUUGAAUUUUGCAAUGGCUCGAUAAUUCGCAAUUAAACCAUCUACUCGACAUUGUUGUACAAUGAAUGAGCUCGCGUGUACGUGCAAAAGAGGCCACGGCCGAUAACCGAUAAAAAUGUCUUCUUUUAAAGAAGCACAUUUAAAAACUACAUAGUUAUAUACUCGCGCGAUAGUUGUGUGUUAUUAAUGAUGAAUUUUGUGCGAGGAUGAACAUUAUACGGUAGAAAAUGUUACGACUGAAUUAUGGUGAUAUGUGGAAAUGAACGUGUGACAAGUUUCGCCAGCGAGAGAGACAGCGUGCUAGUGACAUUGUGUCAGUGUAGAAUCUCAAGAUAAUUUCGAGACAGUGUACUACCAAGUGCAUCUUUAAUUCCUGCGGCUUUGUGUGCGGACUUCGAGAAUUGGAGGGACGAAUAUUAUCGCUGUGCAUCUGUUCAUAAGGUGGUGGCGGACAGACUCGUGGGAAUUUAACAAAACGCGAAUUCUUCCUACAAACUUCGCAGAUCGAGCCCAGUGAAGUAUGAAAGUGGCGACGUUCCUGAGCUUCAAGAGAGAGAGAGAGAGAGACCCGGAAGACAACGCGCGAUUUAUUUACAUGCAGCAAACGCAGGCGCUCCACAUGCGGAGAGACGCAAAUAAAUUAUUGGUUCGACUUCGCUCGAGCUAAUCGGCUUUCGCGACGUGCGGAAAGUCCGAGUCUUUAUAAAGAACCGUCGUCCCGAUGGUGCAUUAAAAAGGACGCGGGAAAUUCAUCGAAGACGAGGGGAUAGAAUAAGGGAAGAGCGGUAAAACAUUCAGCGCCACCAUCAUGGAUGUACAUCGAGCUUACUUAUUACGGAAAUCCAGUUUGUUGGAAUGAGGCUUUCAAGUUUCUAUCGCUCGUCGUACUCCACCUUCUUCCGCUGCCAUUCGUUCUUCUUUUUUUUGCGCCUCGAGCAGAAGAAAAGAUGGGAAAGCUGAAAACUGGGUGGCUUCCCGUUCAGAUGCCGGAACGAUCGUGCCACGGAAAAAUGACGGAAGUGUACGGGCGACGUAUGAUCGAGCCCUUUGCCGGCAGAGAAUCCUUCCAAGAUAUCAUCCAGUCGAGCGAUUUCGACCGCACGUCGUAAUAAGGAAACGACAGUGACGAAAAUCAAAGUGACAUUUGUCGAACGACAUCGACGAAUUCGAUUGACGAGCGAAGAAAUGCGGAAUCCGUCCCUCUAAAGAUUAUUGCUGGCGCGAAAUUUCAAUCAUGCAUCCGUGGCGAUUGAGUUUACGGGAUUCGAGGACGCGCGUAAGGAAAAAAAAAUCUUCCCACAAACUUUCAUCUCUCGCUCGUCAACAACGAUAAUCCGAGAUAUUUCGACGAGUGAUUGUAGUUGUAUGCAAACGAGUAUAGUGAACGAAAGCUGCGAGUUUCGAAAAAAAAAACAUUCAACAACAAUAAAGUGUAAAACGCGAGUGAUAUGUCAACGUGGUCGUUAAAAAUAUUUCUCGUCUUUUAAAAACUGUUAACUUACUGCGAAAAUAAGCGAAGGGUGGCAAAUGCGUGCAUGCAUCGACGUAUCCGACGACGAAGUUGACGGUGGCAGGUCCCGGUGACUUCGUAGAUAGAAAAAGGAGGAGAGGAUGGAGAAGGAUAGGCAUUACCGAGCUUACGAGGGCUUCAAGCCGGCGAACAAUGGCAAUACCUCGUCUCUGAAGAGAUCGACCUCGGAACGCUCCAAGGCGUAUCAGUCUCGUCAAGUGAGAUGUCUGUGUUUCGGCGGUGUGCCGGACAAGGCCAGCCAGCACUCUUUUUUGAAGGGUUUUAUGAUAAACCUCGGGAUAUGCGCCCUUCUGGUGGCCUAUACCCUCCUGGGCAGCUUUAUCUUCCUGGCUAUCGAGGGCGGAGCCGACGUUGGCUUACAACAGAGAACUCUCGCCACAACGAUAGCCGGAAAUCAGCAUACCAGGAGAAACACCAGUGCUUGGCUGAAACAACUUAAUCACGAGGCCCGAGCAAAGACCGUAGAGAGCAUAUGGCAAAUCACGGAGCAUUUGAACAUUCUCUAUCGUGAGAACUGGACGAGGCUGGCUGAUCAGGAGAUCGCGCGGUUUCAGGACCAACUGGUGAAAAGGAUCACGGAGGACAUGAUGGCGACUCAGAAUGCCGGGACUUAUACCGGGAGUUCUACCAGCGAGACCGUAACGGAACGCCGUGUGCCGGAGUACGAAUGGAACUUUGCAAAGGCGUUCCUCUAUUCCCUGACAGUGCUCACCACCAUCGGAUGCGGAAGUAUCGCACCGAAGUCCACUUGGGGUAAAGUCGCUACCAUGGGCUACGCCAGCCUCGGGAUACCUUUGACUUUGGUUUAUCUGUCCAGCGCAGGAGGUCUUUUAUCGAGAUGCGCCAGAGGUGUUUUCACGCGAGCUCUUUGCUGCUGUCUUUGUUCGAAUUGCGGCUACUGUUGCUACGACGAGAGGCGGAUGCAGGAGAAGGAGCGACGGAUGAGAAAAAAGCGGCAGCAGGAGGAGCUGGCGCAGCAACAGCAGCAGCAAUUGCAAUUGCAGGAACCCUUUUACGUUCGCGCAAAUGCAUCGACGUUCACAAGUACCGUGGAAAUUAAGGCCAGCCCGAAGGAUGAAGUAUCCAGCCUCGGUUCAGGCGACAGACCCAAUGUCACUAUACUCGCGCCAAUCAGUAUUUGCCUUGGAGCGAUGUUAUGUUACAUCGUUGCCGGAGCAUUCACUCUGCACAAAUUGGACGGUUGGUCAUUUGUAGACGCGAGCUAUUUCUGCUUCAUGAGCCUGAGCACCAUCGGUUUCGGCGACAUGGUACCCGGUUCUUAUCCUCGUCACACCCUCGCCGACUCGAGAAACGUGACGGUGUGGUUCUGCUCGUGCUACAUAAUGUCAGGAAUGGCACUGACAGCGAUGUGCUUCAACAUCCUCCACGACGAGAUCGUCCAUCGGCUGACUCACCAGCCGGAUAAACCAGAGCCAGUGAAACCAAGCCCAUCCGUGGACGAGCUAUCGACGGACCCGUUUGCGCUGACCUCGUGACAAUUUCC